AUGGCUUCCACACAGUACCAGCAUUACAUUCCGCAGUUCAUGCUGCGAAGAUUUGCGGUAGUUGAACAAACAAGCCCAUCUAAAGUUUCGAAGCGCAACCGAAAGAGUGAAAAGCAACAUCGCAAUCGCAAUGCCACUGUCAAAGUGCUACAUCUGAGAAGAAGUCCACCCAAGAUAACAAAUGAACUUGUCAGACGGACUUUCGGCCAACAGGACAUGUACAACGAUGGCCUUAAGGACUGUGUAGAAACAAAGAUUUAUCCCCCUGAUGCACUUUGGCUUGCCCAACACGUUCGAUCCAUGUACAUGGCUUUUGUUACGCCCUCAGAUCCUCAGGAAGAAUUUAUUCUAACAGAAAAUGCAUUCGGCAUUCAUGAAGGGCCUGUUAGCUACUCUGUGAACAGGUUCACGGGCAAGAAGAAGCAAACAGUCUACACUGAGUUUCACCUGCUGACAGUCAUCUCACCACGGCUCGCUAUCGUUUUCCGUAGCGAGGAAAUGCCAGAGCCGCUCGAAGACCUUAUUCCAAGGGUCCGUGAGUGGAAAUCAACCAUGUUGGCUAUGACCGCGCACAUACACGCGGAUCCAGAGCACGUAACAUCCUUACUCGAGGAUCUCCCUAUUGCAAAAGCUCGAAAUUCUUAUACGACUGUGAGAAAUGGGCGGAUCGAGCUGGCUGAAGGUGCCGAUGGAGUGCCGAAAAUGAAUGACAAGUUCGUCUUUAUUUUCUUUCCCCUCGAGAGUGAUCAUGCUCAGAAAAUCAACAUGGUAAUGCUAGACCAAGCACACGAUAUCGACAAGUUGGUUUUUAAGUCUGAGACAGCACUUCUAAAGGCGAUGGAAUUCUAUCUGGAAUAUCCGUGUCUGACACGAGGACUUUAUUCGAUGAAAACGGUCAGCGAUGACCCUGACGACCCGAGGUUGCGAUUCUUAAAACAGAUGGAGGAUGUAGCUAGUAUGUUGGGAUCCAGUACGACUGCCAAGUACCAUGUGGAUCCUCUCUGGGAAGAUGACGAAGCUAUACCCCUUGAGACGGCUGUUGCUCAAGUUUUGGCGACCACAACAGACACACCAGAGAAGGAUCAUACUACCUUGGCAACUGAAGUUCUUAUGAACACACUGAUAAAGAUGAAAAACAACAUCACAGUGAGUAACAAACCAGAUCAGAUCCAAGACAGUCUGCUUGUUUUUCCGGACGCGGCAUAUGGAGAGGGAGGAGACCCCAUCAUCUGCACAGAUCCCGACCAAUCAAUCAUUCUCGCAUUGGACGACCGAUGUUGUUAA